CGCACCACCCGCCGUUUCCGGCCCACCCGGAAGCAGAUUUCCCGGAUGGCAGGGCGUCUUGGCUGGAGUGAGGUUCAGCAUUGCUGGUGGCAGCUCGCACGUUGAUGCCCCCCGGCGUUGCGUCCUUCUCACCCGGAGCCCUGGGCCUCCCGAACCUUACAGCCCCCGCCUCCGCCCGUCUCGCCCGCUGGGAGCCCCGCCCGGUCGCGGGACGCGUGCUGCUGGUCUGGAUCCGCGCCUUUUCCUCCGGAUCUGAAUCAAAGCUGUCUUCUCCACUGGGUGACUCAAAGGAAAAUUAGAGGAUCCGGUGCCCAGAAUCCUGCUUUCACGUCUCCAGACAUUUAAACCAUUCUCCAGUUCCUCAGGCCCUUCAGCUCACCCAAGAAGUCAAAAGAUUCAAUUUCCUCAUCACAGUACAUGCAUACAGCGGGCAGAGAGCAAAGUUUGCUUAUCACUUUGGCACUGCUUAGCUCUGUGAUGCUGAAGACAUUCUCAUUUCUGUGCAUUACAGAAGAGAUUCAGAUUUCCAGAGUUUGUAAGCUUUGGAAGAUGCUAGUUGAGCAUUCCGCACUAUGGAGACAUGUACCUGACACCUUACAGGCUUUGCCUGCUUAGUGCUUGGACUGUCUGAGAGUGAAAACCUAGAGAAAGACACCUGGCAACUGAGUUACUGACAAUGCAGCCACUGGAAUCAGUGACAUUUGAAGAUGUAGCUAUAGACUUCACCAAGGAAGAGUGGGCCCUGCUGGACAUAUCCCAGCGAAAGCUGUUCAGGGAUGUCAUGCUGGAAAAUAUACGUCAUCUCGUCUCCCUAGGAUAUCAGCAUUGCAGAUCAGAUUUGAUUUUCCAGUUGGAGCAAGGACAAGAGCUGCAGAGUGAAGGAACCGGAUUUCUCCAAGGCCAGAGCCCAGGCAGGGGAAAUACCUUUAAAGAACAAGAAAUGAUAGCCACACAACGUAUCAACAGGAAGGACACAUCUGCAAUCAUGCCAGUGCAGGAAUCUCUUACUCCAGAGGAUCCCUUUGAAUAUAAAGAUUUGGAAGAAGAUUUCACUCAUGGCUUCAUGUUGAGUCAACAUUUGUUAACUCACACAGAAAAGACACCUUGUAUCAGUAAACAGUGUCCAAAAUCCCUUAGUGACCAGUCAUACCUUAAUCAACAUAAGCAAAUUCACACCAGAGGUAAAUCAUGCGAGUGCCAUCUGUGUGGAAAAGCCUUCAGUAAUUGCUCAAGCCUUAGGAGGCAUGAGAUGACUCACACAGGAGAGAAACCAUAUGAAUGCCAUAUCUGUGGGAAUGCCUUUAUUCAAAGCUCAGACCUUAGAAAACACAAUCUAACUCACACUGGAGAGAAACCGUAUGAAUGUCAUUUAUGUGGGAAAGCCUUCAGUCAGUCCUCCAACCUCAGACAGCAUGAGAGAACACACACUGGAGAGCAGCCAUAUGAGUGUCACCUGUGUGGGAAAGCCUUCAGUAAAUGUUCUGCCCUCAGACGACAUGAAAGAACUCACACUGGAGAAAAACCGUAUGAAUGUCAUCUUUGUGGGAAAUCCUUCAGUCAGUGUUCUGCUCUUAGACGACACGAGGGAACCCACAAUGGAGAGAAAAUUAUGAAUGCCUUCAGUAAAUAUUCUGACCUUAGAUAACAUCGUAUUAUAAAUGUAGUGAACGUGAGUGAGACUUCAACCAUAGUGUUAACAUUUAAACACACCUCUAGGGGACUUGCCCAUUGAAGAAACUGUAAUCAAUGUGGAAGAUCUCUCAGUCAUGCUUCCUCAUGUGACAUACACCAGCUUAAAUGGAAGAAAUCCCCGGGUGUGACAACUGUGCAGCAAAACCAUGAAGGAUGGAAGAGGACUCACUCUGUCUCAACCUGAAACACACUAUGGGCCUGCACAGGGAGCACCUCUCGCUCUGAGCACUGGGGACAGCGCGCAGCCAGGUACCAGGUGUGGCGCCCACAAGAAAACUCAGUGAAGUCUGAAUAAACACUAACACAAGAUGUAAGAGGAUGAAUGCUCUUGAGAAAUAACAAAUCACUCAUACUGCAGUGAGAAAGGAGAGACCCUUUGUUCAUAGAAAGGCAUUUGGGGCACGUGUGAAGAUUCGGACUGUAUACAGCACUCAGUGUCAGUGAUCAGUUAUUUCUCAGCCAACAUUAAGCUUCUUACCUGAGGAGAUGGCAGUCAGGAAACCACAGUGGCGGGAACUUCAGGCAGAUUUCGUAGCAGGAAACUAAGUCUAGGGAAAAACCUCUAAAAUUAGAGCCUUUAACAUACAAUGCAACCAGUAAUUCAGGAUUUUGAGAAAAAUAACUAUUCAUGGGGAAAAUGUGGCAUAUAAAUACAAAAAGGUAAAGUUGAUCUAAGCAUAUCAAAUACAGAAUUUUCUAAAAGGUAAAACUUUUUCAAUAUAUUAUUUCCUGUAAAUAUUUAAUUAAUAAACUCUGUUGCUGAAAAAU